AUGUCGGUAACCUCGGUCACUUCACUAAUUCUCACCUGUUCUAGAAGUGUGCUAUUUCAUUCAGAAGAUGUAAUUCACCAUUUGUGUCCGAAGAAGGACGGUGAUUCACAAUCUGUUAAGCCUUGCAACCAAGGCGAGCUCUUCACUAAUGCUCUGGAGUGGUUCAACUCACAAACCUCAGAUGUACAAGGCAAACUCUACUGUCCGAAAUGCGCUGUGAAAAUUGGCUCCUAUAACUGGUGUGGCGAACCGUGUGUGUGUGGUCGUUGGCUGACGCCGGCGUUCCACUUCAGCCGAAAACACCUCGACGAACUGCCCGGUGGCGCAAUCCCCUCCGCCAAAGACGAGGAAGUGGAGGCACAAGUCGACAGCAGUCCUGAGAACUGCGAGGCGUGA